AUGUGUGUUGAAUGUGGAGAGACCACUCAUCAGGAGUCAGAUUACAUUAAACAACAGAAAAUUCACAUACAGAUGAAACCUCAUGAGUGUAUUGAUAGUAGAAAAGCCUUUUUCCCAAAACCAUUCACACAGAGGAGAAACCUCAUGAAUAUAAUAACUAUGGAAAAGACUUUUUUGAACAAGUCUGACCUCAGUAAUCAGCAGAGAAUUCACAAAGGGCAGAAGCCUUAUGAAUGCAAUGACUAUGGCAAAGCCUUUGGUCAGAAGUCAAACCUCACAAUGCAUCAGAGAAUUCACACAGGGGAGAAACUUUAUGAAUGUAAUGACUGUGGAAAAGCCUUUGGUCAGAAGUCAAACCUCACAAUGCAUCAGAGAAUUCACACAGGGGAUAAACCUUAUAAAUGUUUUGACUGUGGAAAAGCCUUUGGCCAGAAGUCAAACCUCAUAAUGCAUCAGAGAAUUCAUACAGGGGAGAAACCUUAUGGAUGUAAUGACUGUGGAAAAGUCUUUGGCCAGAAGUCAAGUCUCAUAAUGCAUCAGAGAAUUCACACGGGAGAGAAACCUUAUGAAUGUAAUGUCUGUAGAAAAGCUUUUGGCCAGAAAUCAAGUCUCAUAAUGCAUCAGAGAAUUCACACAGGAGAGAAACCUUAUGAAUGUAAUGACUGUGGAAAAGCCUUUGGCCACAAAUCAAACCUAAUGAUUCAUCAGAGAAUUCACACAGGGGAGAAGCCUUAUGAAUGUAAUAACUGUGGAAAAGCCUUUGGAAAUCAGCCAGACCUCAUUAGACAUCAGAGAAUUCACACAGGGGAGAAGCCUUAUGAAUGUAAUAACUGUGGGAAAGCCUUUGGCCAGAAGACAAGCCUAAUAAUGCAUCAGAGAAUUCACACAGGGGAGAAGCCUUAUGAAUGUAAUGACUGUGGCAAAGCCUUUGGCCAGAAGUCAAGCCUCAGAAUGCGUCAGAGAACUCACACAGGUGAGAAACCUUAUGAAUGUAGUGACUGUGGAAAAACCUUUGGCCAGAAGUCAAACCUCAUAACACAUCAAAGAACUCACACAGGUGAAAAACCCUAUAAAUGUGGUGACUGUAGAAAAGCCUUUUUCCUGAAGGCAAGCCUAGUAAUACAUCAUAAAACUCACACAGGGGAGAAACCUUAUGAAUGUAAUGACUGUGGAAAGGCUUUUGGCCAAAAAUCAGACCUCAUUGAACACCAGAGAAUUCAUGCAGGGGAGAAGCCUAAUGAAUGUAAAGAAUGUGGAAAAGACUUUGGCAAUAAGAGAAUUCAAUGCACCAGGGAAUUCACACGGGGGAGAAAACUUAUGAAUGAAAUGACUCAGAAACUUUUUAACUAUAAUUCAGCCCUAAUUGCACAUCAACAAAUUCAUAUAGGGGAAAACCCUUUUGAAUAUAGCGCAUGUGAAAAAGCCUUUACCUGGAAGUCAUACCUCUUAAUACAUCAGACAUUACAUGGGGAAAAACCUUAUGAAUGUAAUGAAUGUUGGAAAGCUCUUUGA